AAGCACAGGGGAGGAGCGAUGGUGAAGUGUGUGGAUGGGCUGACACUCCGUCCUCCCUCUUUGGCAAAGCCGGCCACUGACUCACAUUUAGGAGUAUUUAUAUUAACAAAACGACUAUUUUUGGAUCACAUGUGGCGAUAAAUGAUGUUAAGCAGCAGCACAGCACAGCCUAAGAUCCAGUGGAGAGCAGACAGAUGGCGCAUAACAGCUCAGAUGAGUGUGAAAAGCAGCUGAAUGGAGUUUCAGAGGAGAUGGAUCUGCUUCAGAUAGACGUGGACACGGCUGAGGUGGAGGACAGGCCAGAGAGAGAAGCUGCGGCGUUUUCAAAAAAUGUACUGAGGAAGCAGCGUCACUGGGAGAGGCAGCUGGCAGCAAAGAAAAGCAAGAGAAAAGAAGAGAAGCAGCGAAGGAAGCUCAACCGUGAGCAGGAGUCAGAUGCCGGCGCAGAUAAUCCUCAGUUAACCAAACGGGUCAUGAAAGCGAUCACCAAAGAGCGUUUAGCUGAGGCUCAGUCUACAGGGCUCAAACUCUGUGUUGACCUGAGUAUGACAGACAGCAUGUCUGACAAGGAGAUCAGUCGACUGGCCGGCCAGUUAAGAAGGCUGUACGGCUCGAACAAGAAGGCGACUCGACCAUUUCACCUCCUCUUGACGGACCUGAGAGAGGACAGCCGUCUCUACAGAGAGUGCCUUCGAAUGAACGAAGGCUUCCUCAACUACAUGAUGGACAUAACAGAAGAAAGCUGCCUGGACCUUUUCCCUCCAGAAACUGUCGUCUACCUCACACCAGAUGCUGAAGAAGCUCUACCAACAGUGGAUGCUGACAAGGUGUAUGUCCUCGGGGGCCUCGUGGAUGAAAGCAUCCAGAAGAAGUUGAGCUUCUCGAGGGCCACAGAGCUGAGGGUCCACACAGCGAGGCUGCCCAUAGACGAGUACAUGGUGAAGAAAGACAACGCCAAGAAUUUCCACUCAAAGAUCCUCUCUGUUAAUCAAGUGUUUGACAUCUUACUGACUUUCUGCAACACCGGCAGCUGGACAGAAGCCCUGCAGAUGUGGUUUCCUCGGGGGAAGGGUUAUGUUGUCGCGCCAGAGAAAUCCUCACCACUUCCUGUCUCCUCUUCACAAACAUAGCACCUAGAUCCAUUUUCAGUCAUGCUUCAAACGUAACCCUUUAUUGGUUCAUCACUAUCCAUUGUGAAGUUUUUCCCGAUUGCUAAGAGGCUUAAACUGGGAUCCAUCUGAUCUUCAUCAUCACCUUGUUAGCACAGCAGAAGUCACAUUUUGACACCACUUUUUCUAAACAGUUCUCACAGAUCUCACAGGAAGAUGCAAAACUCCGUGUUGCUAUUUGCAAGCAUGGAUCAAAGAGGAAAAAGGGACGUAAUUCCUAGCCCCCAUGAUACAUUGCGUGAAUUAUGGGUGCAACUUCCAGCGUUGAACCACAACUGGCGAUUUCCACUGGUAACAGUUUGUUUACAGUACUCUAUUCUUCUUUCCAAGAGCAACUGGGAAAUAAAACGUGGAAUACACCAGCUCAAACAGGGUUAUGUGAUCAUAUCUCUGCCAUCACUGACUGCCAUCUCAAAGCAGCCGUUAAAAUAGUGUAAACUUAAACAUGGCCCGAGCUAGCUUAAGGUAAACAUCUGCUCCAUCUAAAGAGAUACUUACACAUUCGGCAAAUAUUUACCAUAACUCAGUAUUAACUGUAGCCCCAUGUAAAGUAAAUAAAUGUGAUGUUUCCCAGCUUCACUCGUCUGUGUGAACAAAUAAUUUUCUAAUGUAGGUUGAGAAUGAAGUCAGACGGGGAAAGACAAGGAUAUCAUGUACUGACGUAGAGUGACGGACCUGUCAGUCUAAAUCAUUCUCCUCUGCAAAUUCUGAUUUAAUACUUUUUCUCUCUGUCUUGUGAAACUCUUGUGGUUUUAGUUCUCAUAUCAAUGGUACCUUUUGCAACAGGAACAGUCCCUUUUUGUUCUGGUUACAUGUUGAACACACAGUUGCUGGGGACAAAAAUGUAGCUUGGGCUGGUUGUUAGUCGUUACAGACACAGACAGUGCAACAGGUACCAGAGCUCCACAAAGACAUUUUAAAAAAGUUAACAUUAGUUAAAUAUUUGUUAAAAAAAAUAAUUCAGUAUUUGCUAAACUGAAGGCAAAUUACUUUCUAAAAGAACCAGCGUUGGCGGUUAGCCACCAAGAGUAGCCACUGGGACUCACCACAGACAGUCUCUGGGACUAACUAGCUUACUGCUACUUCCGCUAUCUCACAGGAAGUUGCACCUAUGAUCAUUUCUACAGCGGCGCCCUCAGGAAGAAGGUGGAUAUAGCACCUUUUUUUACAAGAAAUGCAGUACAAAGUGAUUUACAAUAAGGGCAGUAUAAGCAAUCAGAACGAACAUAAAACAGGCGAACAAGGCAACUCAAUAUUCUGUCCUCCUUGUCUCCCUCUCAACUGUCUUCAUAAACUCCAUUUGGUCCAGAAUUCACCUGACCAUAUCAUAACCAGAACCUCCUCCAGAGAUCAUAUCUCUCCUGUUCUCCAGCAGCUUCACUGGCUUCCUGUCAAAUAUUGCAUCGACUUCAAGAUUCUGCCUCUCACUGUUAAUAACCAAGCCACUUCGUACCUGUCUGAACUCCUUAUCUACACACCCUCCCAUACUCUUAUCUCUUCUUAACUCUUCUGCAAUCCAACUCACAAAACUAUCUGCCCACUUGACUACCAUGUGGGCUCUACAGCCUUCAGCCAUUCUGCCACACACCUCUGGAACUCUCUCACCCACCACAUUCACAAUAUUAUAUCAAUAUACUCUCUUUCUACUUUCAAAUCCCGUCUGAAAACACACCUUUUCAUGCUGGCAUAUUCAGUUUGAUUUAAAUGGUGACACACAUAUGGUGACCUGCACUGAAGAUGACUUUAUGAUGAUGACUGUAUACUUUAGAUUUAUAAUUAUGAUUUUUGUCUAGACAUUUUAUUAACAUUUAUUAUAUAUUAAGGAAUUGUUUGAUUUUAUGAUCUAUGGAUACACUGCUGCUUUUUUUUUUUUUUUUACUGUAUCUUGUAAAGUGUCCUUGAGUGCUUUGAAAAGAGUCGAUGAACAAAAUGCAUUAUCAUUAUUAUUUGUAAUAUUAAAGGACAUUUUAUAACAGUUUUUAAAUCAUAAAAUAACUGCUACAUUUUAAAAACAUACAUCAUAAAAUCAAGUAAGAUACAACAUUUUAAAAGAAAUGCAGCAACGUGAAGUAUAAGAAGAAAGAGUUUCAGGCCUGCGUCACUUGCAAAAAUAAUGACGUUAAAGCUGUUGCAACGUUUCGAUGACUAGACCUUCAUUGCCUUGUGCAGGUCUAGUCUUGUCCAGUCUUUUCUACAAGUUUUACUCUUCCCGUCCCUCUCCUACGGACCUGUUUGAAAAUAGAUGUGCGACUUGUACCUUCGUUUUGAUAUCUGUAUCAGUAAAGUCGUAGCUAGUUAAAGGCUGGAGAAAACAGAUACACUGUUAGCUUUAUUUAAAAAAAAAAAAAUAUUUAUUGAGCAGCCCUCUCUGAUGUCUAUACAUCAUGUGCUCCAUAGCUUUGGGGCGUAACUGACAAAAGCCAAAUCCCUGAUCUUCUUCCGGUUGUUGCUGUGAACCUCCAAUAAACCAGCAGCAAAUAUCGCAGUGUUCUUGGAGGCAAAUAAUUACCAACGUAGCUCGGUUUUAGUUCAUCUAGGGCUUUGUAUACAAGGAAGAGGGCCUUGAAAUCAAUUGUACAUGUAACAGGAAGUCAGUGCAGAGCAGCCAAGCUAAGAUUGGCCUUACGUGCUCUCCUCUUGGUUCCUGUACCGUUUACUGUAGGUCUUUCACGUCAGUGACGGCUGAUGGGUGCGGAAAAACUUGCACACAAGCAUAAAGCAUGAAGAAAACUUGCAGGUGCAAAGUGCUAACUCAUGCUGUGAUAUGCUUGCUUGCCUUUUCUGGCAUCUACUCUAAGUAUGCAAAGGCACACAGCUCAAAUCACUGCAAGGUUGAAUCGCCUGGUAUUGAAAGCUGUAUUUGAUGUUUUGUUGUCCAUAAUGAUUGAUUGACUAAAUAUAUUGAUUCAACCAUUGCAUGCUUUUAAUGUUUUAUGAGUGUUUGAGAUUGUCACUUUAACCAGAGACUUAAAGUUCAAGCCUGUGUGUUUGACAUUAUAAUGCGUUCAAGCGAAUGAGACAGAAGAUACGACCUAAUAAGACCCUGGCUGAGGAGAAAUAGAUGCUGCUGUUUAACAUUUCUUGGUAUUGUUUGCAUUGAAACCAGAGAUGAUUAUUAGUUCUCAUUUGACUGACUCAGAGAACCUUUUGUAUUUUUACACCUCCCCAGGAGUCAUGUUUGUUGAGAGUGAAUGGCAGCAUUGUGAACUCUUUUUUUUAAUUAUACAUGAUUAAAUUUCUAUUUUAUAGCUGGAAAAUCCCUGAAGUUUUGUAGGUAA